GAAAAUAAUAGCGGUGUGGGACGGCAGAAUAUGCCAAGGCUUGUUUACUGCCAUUGCCCCAGAGAUUGGUUGUCGCAUUGGAGCUCUUUCGCAACAGUUCCCAUCUGCGAGAGAGCUCCCAAACGGUGAUUGAUUGUUCAACAGGAUUCAGCUUUCCCACCACACAACGCAGAAAUCAGGACAAAAUGGCUCCUUCAACACAAUUCGAACUCCCCCAACCCCCCACCGACGCCGUCUCUUCCCUCGUCUUCUCCCCCGACUCCUCCCACCGCCUCCUCGUCUCCUCCUGGGACAAGCACGUCUACCUCUACCAACUCACCGAAGGCGAAGGCGACAACGCCAAUCUUCUCAACAAAUACGAGCAUCGCGCCCCCGUCUUAGACGUCUGCUUCGGCGAUGCCUCCAACAAUGAAGCCUACACCGCAGGCAUGGACCGACAAGUCAAGAAGAUCGACCUCACCUCUGGCGAGCAGACCGUCCUGUCGAAACACUCCGAGCCUGUCCGCUGCGUAGUUUACUCUUCCGCGCACAACCUCCUCGUCUCCGCUAGCUGGGACAACACCCUCCACGUCCACAAGCUUUCCGACCCGGGGUCGGACCCGUUGGUCAUCCCCCUUCCCGGGAAACCUCACGCCUUGUCAUCGUCCCCGACGAAGUUGGUGGUGGCUAUGACGGCGAGGUUGGUGCAUAUUUAUGAUUUGCCUACCUUGGCGGCUGCCACCAGUCCUCCCGCCCCAUGGCAGACGAGGGAGUCGUCGCUCAAGUUUUUGACGCGCGCGGUGGCGUGCAUGCCCAAUGAUGCUGGGUAUGCUACUUCCUCGAUUGAGGGGAGGGUGGCGGUGGAGUGGUUCGAGGACACGCCCGAAUCGCAGGCGAGGAAAUACGCGUUCAAGUGCCACCGGCAGGCCGCCCCGGAAGAAGAAGGUGGUGGGGAUAUUGUUUAUCCUGUCAACGCCCUCGCUUUCCACCCGGUAUACGGAACUUUUGCCUCUGGUGGUGGUGAUGGGACGGUCGCGCUUUGGGAUGCCGAGGCUAAGAGGAGGAUGAGGCAGUAUCAAAAGUUCCCCGAGGCGGUGGCGAGCUUGGGGUUCAGUGGGGAUGGGAAGUACCUCGCUAUUGGGGUUUGCCCUGGGUUUGAGACGGGGAUGGAGGAUUAUACCGGGCAGGGGAGGACAAGGGUGUUUGUGAGGGAGCUGGGGGAGACGGAGGCUAAGGGAAAGGGGACCAAAUAAGGAGCCCGUUUGUGGUCUACUAGGAGUCCGAGAUGACGAGAGGGAAGAUAUCUCUUGUUUUUUAAUGUUCCAGGCGUUUGGGAAUGGGAAUCAAGAGUUCGUGUUUUUUUCUGGUUUUUUUUGGUGCUGGCAAGAGUACAUAUUGAUGAUGACAAUGUAACAAAUAAAAAUAGCCAAGAAGAGCAAGGUCGCUGUCUGAUUAAUGGCCUAAAUAUGCAGGAUGAUGUUCAAGC